AUGAUUCCUUUCAUUGGAGGCCCUUUCCUUAUGAUUGGUGAUUUCAAUGCCAUUUUAGGAGCCCAUGAGCGACGGGGGCGUCGCGUUCCGGCUUCCACUCCCUGUGAAGAUUUCCGUGCUUUCAUUGAUGACCAUGAUUUAAUUCAGCCGGACACCUCGGGUCCUUUUUUCACGUGGACUGACAGACGGAGAUUCCCUGCUCCAAUUGAGUCGGUUCUUGACCGUGCUCUUUUCUCUCAGGAUUUUGCAGAUAUUUGGUUUUCUUCUUCCUCGAUGGUCCUUCCUAGGCUUGGGUCUGAUCAUUCCCCCAUUUUGUUGAGAUGCCAGGACACCGCUAAUCCUCCUGCUGGUCGUCGGUUUCGUUUUCUGAAUAUGUGGUGUUCACAUGAGGGUUUCCUUGACCAGGUCCGUGCUUCUUGGACUCUGCCGUUGGAUUGUCUUUGCCCGAUGGAUCUGAGCUCUCUUCAGGAAAAUAUUGAUGAGCAAGGUUAUACGGAUGAUUUUUUUGAUCAGGAGGUCAAUUUGCAAGCUCAUAUUGGUUCGUUUCUCCUGCGCAAGUCGGAGCACUUGCGGCAGCAAAGUCGGGUUUCUUGGCUUUCUGAUGGUGAUAGGAACACUCGCUUCUUCCACUCUAUGGUCAAAUGGCGUCGUUCCAAUCAAAAUAUCAAGCAGCUUAGCAUUGAUGGUGUUAUCUCGGAAGACCCGGUUGUCAUGGCGGAUCAUGUGAUUCAUUUCUACGAGGAUCUCUUCUCUGAGCCUGCCUCUGCGCCGGUGGAUAGAUCGUGGAUUUCCGGUUAUAUCCCUGCUUCGGUUACUUCGGCCCAGGCUGCCACGCUCACUGCCAUUCCUUCGGCUGAGGAUAUUCGUUUGUCCGUCUUUGCCAUGGAUAGGCAUAGCGCUCCUGGCCCGGAUGGGUUCUUCACCCAUAGCUAUCUCCCUCAUGGUCUGAACUCCAAUUUGCUUUGCCUUCUCCCCAAGAAGACCGAUGCGGUUCUGGUCUCGGAUUUCCGGCCUAUUGUGCUGGGAAACUUCUUCUUCAAAAUCAUCACUAAGAUUCUGGCCUCUCGGUUGAAUGAGGUGGCUGCGGUUAUUGUCUCUGCCAAUCAGUUUGGUUUUAUCUCUGGGCGGUCCAUUCAGGAAUGUAUUUUGAUGGCCUCCGAAUGCGUGAAUUGCAUGGAGCAUUCGGUACAAGGGAAGAACAUGGCUCUGAAGGUCGACAUUAGGAAAGCUUUUGACACUCUGAGUUGGGAUUUUGUGGAGGUGGUUCUUGACAGUUUUGGCUUUCCUCAGAUGUUCAGACAUUGGAUCAGAGUUAUCUUUCAGUCUGCUAGGAUUUCUAUUCUCUUCAAUGGGGAGCAGCAUGGUUUCUUUGGUUGUUCUCGCGGGGUGCGACAGGGCGAUCCUCUUUCUCCUGUCCUUUUUGGUCUCGCUGAGGAGGUUUUAAGUCACCUUCUCUUGGAUGCUGCUGACAGGGGGUUUAUCGCUCGUAUGAGAAUGUCUCGUUCUCUGCUUUUUCCCUCCCAUCUUCUGUAUGCCGAUGAUGUCCUACUGUUCUGCAAGGCUACUCGGCGCAGCUGCCGGAUGAUUGAGUCGAUUCUUCAGAUUUAUGCCUCUGUUUCUGGACAGUUCUGCAAUAAGGCCAAGUCUACAAUUUUCUUUGGCAAAGGUGUCUCUGUUCAGAUGAGACGUAGGCUUCAGCGAGAUCUUGGUUUCGCUACUGGCUCUUUACCGUUUGUUUAUUUGGGCGUCCCUAUUUUUGCGGGUCGUGCUUCUGCGGCCCGUCUCAUCGGCAUCCGUGAUUGCAUUAUUGCGCACUUUCCUAGAUGGCAGGGCAUGCAGUUAUCUAUGGCGGGCCGUCUGUGCCUUGUUACUUCCGUCAUUCAGAGCGCAGCGGUCCAUAGUAUGCUGAUCUAUAAGUGGCCAGCUAAGUUGCUCUAUGAUUUGGAUAGGGCCUGUCGGUCCUUUAUCUGGACUGGCUGUACUACCACCAAAGCACAGGGUGGGCUUAAUGUGAAGUCUUUUACCCACAUCAGCCAGAGCUUCCUGAUGCGUUUAGGUUGGCUUCUGCUUACUGCGGACUCUUUUGGCUUCCAACUCUUCCGUCAGCGCUAUCUGGAUGAGUGCUUGAGACCCCGUUCUCUGUGGUUUUCCUCUACUAUUUGGUUGGGUACUCGUUCCGUCAUACAUUCUCUUGUUAGUGAUACUCACUGCUCCAUUGGUACUGGCUCAUCUGUUCUCUUUUGGCUUGAUAACUGGCUUGGAUAUCGGCUGGUCGACAGAAUUGAUAUUCCGACUGCUGUCCAUCACUCUCUUAUGCAUACGGUCUCGGACUACUUCUUUGAUGAUACUUGGCACUUCACCCUGGAUUUCUUCCAGACUUUUCCGGAUAUUGCUUUCGACAUUGUUUCGAUUCCUAUUGGAGGGGUGAGGAUCGCCGUGCCUGGACUCAUUCCCAUUUUGGUGAGUUCUCUUCGUCGCUCCGGUUUCAUUGGCCCGGGCUGGUGCCCCAUUUGCCGGAAUGCUUCUGAGGAUAUUGACCAUCUGUUCUGGGAUUGUACUGUUGCUCGACAAAUCUGGUGCUCCCUUUUCACUUGGUUCCGGGUGGACAUUCCGUUUGUUCAUGAUAUUGGGAGUCUGAUCCUUUGGGCUAUGAAGGAUCCGGCUAGCAAGCAGGUUGAUAAUCUUUGGAGGACUGGAGUCAUGUCCACUGUUUGGAGCAUCUGGAAUAUGCGCAACAGAGUUGUGUUCGAUGGGGCUACAGUUUCUGCGACAGCGGUUUCGGUGCAGAUCAAAGCUUUUAUUUUGGAGGCUUCUCAUUUUUGUUUGGGAGAAAUGGCUAACUCGGUUGAGGAGCUGUUGACUCUUCAUGGCCUUGGUGUUCCGGGCAGACCUCGUCGUCCGCUCUCUUAUGUCUAUGUUUAUUGGAUCCCUCCCCCGGCCCCGUGGUGCAAAAUUAAUAUUGAUGGCUCUGUUCACGGCUCUCCUCUUCACAUUCAUGCUGGUGGCGUUAUUAGAGAUUCUUCUCACGUUCUGGACUAUUUUCAUUUCUCUGCUGGGCGCGGUUGGGCGUUCGAGGCGGAGCUGUUUGCUCUCGUUAUUGCUUUGGAGCAGACGGUCCUUCAUGGUUGGAGUCAUGUUUGGAUUGAGACUGAUUGCACCUAUCUGGUGGACCUUUUCCGGUCCCGCUCUGACACUGUUCCUUGGAGAUUCUUCAGUCGUUGGCGUAAGGUUCUUUCUUCUAUCGUGAAUUUCCAUAUUAUUAUUACUCACAUCUACAGGGAAGGGAACCGGGUUGCGGAUUGCUUGGCUUCCUCGGUGGUGGAAGAAGGUUACUGGAAUUUUGCGAUCCCGGAGAUUCUCCAUCUGGUUCGCGAUGACAGAAGAUAG